UUGAAAGAGUAAAGAGACAAAGAAGCAGAAAGAGCUGCUACAUUCAUUACAGAGCAUAUCCAAGUCAAGAAAAGAACAUUGCAUUAUUAUUAUGCAGGAAUUUUUGAAUUCCUUUGAUGAAUUUCUAGCUUAAAUUGAUUGCUUAAGGCCCUAAAAAUGCAGAAACAAUACCAGAGAAAGAGGAGUGUGUAUCAACAGACUGUUGCACUCUUGUGGAAAAAUAUAAUUCUGAAAUGGAGGAUGCGAAUGGAAAGUUUUCAGGAAUGGUUCUCAGCGCUGGUGCUUCUCGCAGUAUUAACUCUGUUGGUACUUGUGAUGGAGCAUAGUCCACCUCUAGAAAUACCUCAUGGAGACCUUGGACAGCUAGAUGACCCUUCCUUCAACGUUACUGGGGUUAAAAUUGUUUAUACUCCAGGUACAAAGAUGGCAAGAGAAAUCAUGGAGAAAAUAGAAACCAUCUCCGUCCUAAAAGGCAUAAGAAUAGAAUCAAUGAAAGAUGAACAAGCCAUGGAAGCAGCUGAAAAAGAGGACGACGAAAUCAUUGGAGUUGUAUUUCAGGAUGACUUUUCUUAUCGACUCAGAUUACCUUUUUAUAGAGUGGUUUUUCCAAGCAAUUUUAUCGAGUAUAUAGAUCUGUGUUACAACUAUUCAGCAGAUUAUUGUAAAAGUCCAAAGUACUGGUUCAAUGGGUUUGUGUCACUGCAGUCUAGCAUUGAUAGUGCUCUUAUUGAACAUAUCACCAGUCAUUCUGUUUGGGAUGAAAUGAAAUCACUCAGAGGAAUCCGUAUGAGAUCACCUUCUUUAACACUUACAGAUCCAAUUCAAAACUCUGUGUUCUUCUUGGGCUUAUUGAUGUGCUUUUCUCCAUUUAUCUACUUCUUGUCACAAAAUGUUUCCCGCGAGAAAAGGAAAUUAAAGGAGGUGAUGAAGACAAUGGGGCUACGAGACUCAGCAUUCUGGCUAUCCUGGGGUUUGCUGUAUGCUGUGUAUGUUUUGAUUAUAUCCAGCCUGCUGGUACUUCUUCUGAACAAAUUUUAUUUGACACUGAGCAGCUUUUCUGUCUUGUUUAUUCUGGUCUUCCUUUAUGGCAUAUCCUCCAUAUGCUUCUGCUUCAUGGUCAGUUCUCUCCUAAAGAAGCCUAAAACUACUUGCUUUGUCGUCUUUGUCCUCACUUUUUCUUUUGGAGCCCUCAGUAUUGUUACAGUGCUGAAUCUGCUUCCUGCAGCUUUGGAAUGGAUUUUAAGUGUCUUCUGCCCUUUUGUUUUUAGUGCGGCGAUGUCAAAGAUUCUCCGUUUUCAAAAAUAUGGAAGAGCCUUCUGUUUGCCUGAGCUAAUGCACGAAUCAUACGCUUACGUCCUGUUUUUUGACUGUGUUUUAUAUAUGCUGCUGACUGUCUAUUUUGACAAGGUUGUGCCUGACAAAUAUGGAGUGCCCUAUCCUGCCUUGUUUUUCCUAAAGAAGUCCUACUGGUGCAAAUCAAGAAGGAGAUAUACUGGUUUUGCCCCUACUAAUGAACGAAGCCAUGGCAAUAUCUUCAGUGACAAUGUUGAGCCCGUGCCUUCUGAAUUUGAUGGGAAGGAAGCCAUUAGACUAAACAAUAUUAAAAAAACAUAUAAAGUGAAGAGCGUGAAAACAGAAGCUUUGAGAGACUUAUCGUUGGAUAUUUAUGAGGGCCAGAUCACUGCAGUACUUGGUCAUAGUGGCGCUGGAAAAACAACUCUGCUAAACAUUCUCAGUGGACUUUCCAAACCAUCUGAUGGUUCUGCAACCAUAAACACAUUCAAUAUAUCUGAAAGGGAAGAUAUGGAACAAAUAAGGGAAAUAAGUGCUGUGUGCCCACAAUUCAACGUUCAAUUUGAGUUUUUAACAGUGAAAGAAAAUUUAAAGACUUUUGCUAAAAUAAAGGGGAUUCCAUCCAAAGACGUAGAUAAUGAGGUGCAGAAACUAUUGACCCUCAUGGAUAUCAAUGCCAUCCAAGACUCCCAAGCUAAUCGUUUAAGUGGCGGUCAGAAACGGAAAUUGGCCCUUGGGAUAACCUUCUUAGGAGACCCUCAGGUCUUAUUAUUAGAUGAGCCAACUGCAGGACUGGACCCUUAUUCCAGGCACAAAGUGUGGACUCUCUUGAAUGAGCGCAAAGCGGGUCGGGUCACGCUCUUCACUACUCAGUUCAUGGAUGAAGCUGAUAUUCUUGCAGACCGAAAAGCUUUUAUUUCACAUGGCAGAUUAAUAUGUGCUGGAUCAUCUUUGUUCUUGAAGAAAAAAUGGGGUAUUGGCUAUCAUUUGAGAAUGCAUGUAAAUGAAAGCUGUGAUUCUGAGAGAACAACAUCCCUGGUCAAACAAUAUAUCCCUGAUGCCAAAUUAUCUGGACAACGUGAAAAUGAGCUGAGGUAUACACUACCCUUACAAAAAGUGGAUAAAUUUCCAGCCCUGUUCUGUGACAUGGACAGACAGACAGACCUUGGGAUUGUUAAUUAUGGGGUCACCAUGACAACUCUGGAAGAUGUCUUCUUGAAGGUGGAGGGAAAUGAAACCAUUGACGAAGAAGAUUAUGGAGAGCAAGUGGAAAAGGAUCUGCUCUUGCUCUCAGACACAGGAAAGGCAACAAUGAGGGGCACCGGACUCUGGAGGCAGCAGGUCUGUGCCAUGACAAGAAUGCACUUUUUAGACCUCAAGCGUGAGGGCAAAGUCUGGGGAUCCCUAUUACUUCUUUCUGGAAUUAUACUACUACCUUUUCUUAUCCAGUUAGCGUCAUAUGGUAUUUUUAUGAAAGCACAUUAUGCAGAGCUUCAUUCUGGCCUUUAUUUUGAGCCGGGAAAGAAGUCUUUCACAGGAACCAGUGGACUUCUGAUCCUUAAUAAUACAGGUAAAAACAUUGACAAUUUCAUCCAUGCAGUGAAGAGUCAGAAUAUCAUGAUGGAUGUAGUCUCCGGAGACAGUGUCAGUGACCAGCUGGUACACAAUGGGGCUAUAAAAGUAACUCUUGAAGACAAGAAAUACAGGUUCACAAUUAUGUGCCACAUGGAAGUCACUAAUUGCUUUCCAGUGCUGGUCAACAUCAUCAGCAAUGCACUUCUACAAAUGUUUAAUUCUACUGCCCAUCUUCGAAUCUGGAGUCAAGCAUUUCUAGGUAGAGCUACUGUGAAAAACGUAUGGUUUUAUUUUUCUGAAAUAUACAUCGCUACGGCUGUUAUUUUAUUCCCUGCUUUUCUGCCACACUUUGCAAUGAGGAGCAUCCAUGACUACAAGAUAAAAACACGCUCUCAGCUGCGGGUCUCGGGACUCUUUCCUUCUGCAUAUUGGUGUGGACAAGCUCUGGUGGAUAUGCCCUUGAAUUGCAUUCUACUUGUUUUAUUACAUUGGCCAUGGUACCUGAGAUUAGACAUUGAUAUAGAUGACAUUAAUCAUAACACUAUUUUCUGUUUGGUAUCAUUCCUAUUGGGCUACAGCAUAUCACUUGUCUUAUUCCUAUACAUAAUUGCCUUCUUAUUUCGCAAAAAAUCACAUACUAGCAGUUUUUGGUCAUUCGUCUUAAUCUUGGUGGUCUUUAUUGUCCUAACUACCAGUUUUGUCUUACCUUUAGCGAGGAAAACUUAUUUGGAUUAUCUGCAGAUGUUUUUUAUUCCUACAUAUCCAAUGAUAAGCUUUUUAAGGGCUUUAUCAAUGGAAAUGGUUCGAUUUAGCGAAGAUCAGCAGGAAACAAUCACUUUAUAUAAGCGUCAGCUCUGGGUGUCUUCCUUUAUGCCUUAUGUCCACAUCAUACUUUUCAUUUUCUUACUUCGCUAUCUGGUGAUGAAAUAUGGCAGGCCAGUUAUGAGAAGAGAUCCUGUCUUUAGGAUCUCUCCACAGAGAAAGAGCAGCCCCCAGAAUCCUGAAGCACCCAAGGAAGAUGAUGAUGGAGAUGUUCUAGAUGAAAGGACAAGAGCUCAAAGUGCUCUGGCCUGUGCAAAUCAGGAAGAGAAACCAGUUAUCACUGUCCACAACCUGCGCAAGGAAUACAAAAUUGGGAAGGCUUGUUCCUGUUUCAAGAAGAACAAGGAAGACAGAAAAGUGGCUGCUAGAACCGUCUCUUUUUGUGUUAAAAAAGGAGAAGUUUUAGGGCUCCUUGGACCCAAUGGAGCUGGUAAAAGUACAACAAUGAAUAUGAUAAUAGGAGACACAAAUCCGAGUGCUGGACAGAUGCUGAUAAAAGGAGUUGAUGCAGUUGCAACAGAAGAGAACACGGUUGGAUUUCUUGGCUACUGUCCUCAGGAGAACACCCUCUGGUCCAACUUGACUGUGAAAGAACAUCUGGAGAUUUAUGCAGCUGUGAAAGGAAUACAGAAGGAUGCUGCUGCUAUUGCUAUCAAUCGAAUAGCAAAAGCUCUGGACCUUCAAGAGCAUUUAAAAAAGGCUACUAAGGCAUUGGCUGCUGGAUUAUCUAGAAAAUUAUGCUUUGCCCUGAGCAUGCUGGGUAAUCCUACUGUGAUACUACUAGAUGAACCAACCACAGGAAUGGAUCCCAGAGGAAAGCGCCAGGUGUGGAACGCAAUUCACACUGUUCUGAAAGACAAGGACCAAGGAGCCAUUUUGACAACUCACCACAUGGAAGAAGCUGAGGCAGUGUGUGACCGAGUAGCCAUCAUGGUGGCUGGGCAGCUAAGGUGCCUUGGAUCCAUUCAGUAUCUGAAAAGCAAAUUUGGCAAAAACUAUUUGCUGCAAAUAAAAGUAAAGGGAGUUGAGCAAGGGGAGCUUCUGAAUACUCAGAUUCUCCAGAUGUUCCCACAUGCAGCUCGCCAAGAAAGGAUUUCCACUUUGUUGGUCUACAAGAUCCCAAUGGAAGAUGCACUGCCUCUGUCAAGAGCGUUCUCCAUGCUAGAGGAAGCUAAACGAAGCUUUAACUUUGAGGAGUAUAGCUUUUCUUUGAACACUUUGGAGCAGGUAUUCUUAGAACUUUGCAGACAGCAAGAGCGAGAGUAUUUUGAUACGGCUCUGGACACAACAUUUGAAUGGAAACAUCUGCAUGAGGCUGAUCUCUAACUUGUUAAUUGCUUAGCUGAAAUGCCAUUGUCUAAUUUGGCCCUUCGACUGGAAGCCCCUUGGGGAAAGGACAUUGCAAUUUAUACAGCCUCCUAUAUACUAACAGGUCUGUGUGAAUAAUACCAAUAUUAGUCAUAGGUGGAGAUGUAACAUUUGUUGAAUUGUUGAACUUACUUGGCAAGGGGGAUUCUCCCAUCCACCCACCCCGCUCUGUCAUGCUUUUCAGAAAAAGAUUCGGUAUACAUUUGAAAAGUAUGAAUGCCUUAGUUUAUUGAAAUAAUCAUUGUUGUUACGGCAAUAAUAAUUACAAAUAUUCCCAGUCUUAAGAGAUGGCUCAGUAAACAUCCCCAAGAUACCUACACAUGUAUCCCCUCCCUGGCCCCCAUAUUAACUAAUACUUAACAUACCAUCAAAAAUAUAGUUAAAAAAAAGAAGAGGGAUUUGCUAUAAAAAUAGUAUUUUCUUCAUACAGUUAUCAUUAGCCAGAACAGAAGCUGCCAUACAGAAGUCUGCAACCCUUGUGUACCAAAGGUAGGGGUGGCUGAAAUCACCGAGCACUCGCCCUGUGAACACUUGCUCCACUGCUCCUGCAGCCCACCCCCACGAACAACAACAACAACAACAACAACAAUUUUUUAAAAAAUAUUUCUUACCCGCCUCUCCAUUUUGAUCGAGGCGGGGAACGGCAGUAAAUAUAAAAUACAUAAAAUUGAAAUGAGAAAAUAAUGUACAUUGUUAAAACAUCCUAAACACAUUCUAAAAACAUCCUAAAAUUCCACUGGCUAGGACUGCCGGAAGAGAUAAUUAGGCUGCAUGAGCCUCUGCCGAGCAGCUGCCAUUAACACAGCAGGGAGAAAUGUGCAACUUCUGGAGCCGCCAGAAAGUGCCCAUCCCCCCCCCCCCCGCUUCAUUAAUGGCAGUGGAAGGCAGAAAUGUGUGAUUAGCGUGGAAGGGGGAAAUGCACCAUUUCCUCAGCCUUGGGAAAUCGCGUAUUUCCCUCACCCCUACUCCAAUGUAAUAGUUUAUUUGUUUUUUCAACCAUCAUGGUCAUAUCGACUUUACAAAUGCAUAGGUAAACACACAAAAACUUUACAACACAAAGGAGUAAAAUACAAAAAGAUACUAAAAAGGUUUUCAUUAAAAGGUGCUCACAAAUAUGUAAAAGUUAGUUUUAAUACAAAGAAUUGAAAUAAGACAUUAAGAAUUUACAUUAAAAGGGGCAUAAAUGUAUAAAAGUUAAUACUACUUCACCACAUUGACCUCUAUGAAUCUUCUUCUCAAUUUUUGGGCAGCCACUGCGAAUCUCGCAACUCUGUCUGUCACAAAUUUGUCAGCAUCACAGAACAAAUAUAUAGCUUUAACUUGGUCAUCACUGUUAGAUAUAUCCCAUAACAGAUUCAAAAUAAAUUUUGUCCUGGGUUCAGAAUACAGAGAGCAAUAUAAUAAGUAGUGGUCGAGGUCCUCUACUACUUGAGCACCAGAUAUACAGUACCUCUGUUCUACAGGUAUUUAACAGUAACGGCCCUCUACGUAUUGUGAAGGCAUGGUUUGGAAACGCAAUGCCAAAAAUGCCUUUCUAAAGGAUGCUACUGGUAACUCAUGUAGAUAGCGCUCAAAGCCAUGAGUUAAUUUUAAAAGAUGCAGGUGUGGAAAAAACGGUGAUUUUUUAAUUUCUUCUAGAUCACAUUGGGAGUAAAACUCGCCCAGUUUAUUUUUUAUGUGUCUCUGAAUCUGAUCCUGGGGCCAUCCUUUGAGAACCUGGGGUAUUAAGUCAAAAGCUAACAUUUGCUGUUCACAGUUCGCUAGCCAGGUAGCCUGUCGGUUCCUCAGCCUUGGGAAAUCACAUAUUUUCCUCACCACUACUCCAAUGGAGGCCUUAAGGGCCCUAUUAAUGCAAGGGUACUGGGUACCCUCAUUGGCCCAGUGGCAAGGGGAACACGCAAUUUCUCGAGGCUCUGGAAAUUGCGCUUUCCCCCUUGCACCAUUUCCCCCUGUACAUUUUCCGGAGGCAAACGAAAUCGUGCUCUCCCCACCCCACCCCACCAAAGGGGGUCUCAACUGAGGCUAAUCAAGUUAUUUAUGAACACUUUUUUGUGAACUGCCCAGAGAGCUUCGGCUAUUGGGCGGUAUAAAAAUGUAAUAAAUAAAAUAAAAAUAAAAUAAAUAAAUAAAUUUACUUUAAAUGGAAAAUCCCACAAGCACCACUUCCCCUCCCUGGCAGUAAAACUAUGUUUCUAAAAAAUUAGAGUACUAACAAUUUGCUGACAUUUCAUGACACCUACAAUCUGCUGCCUGAGGCAAUUACCUCACAAACCUCAGUCUCUGUUUCAGAUUGCUUCAAAUGUUCUGAAAGGUGUCUGCUUCCAGCCUCACAGUAUUAAGAGCAAUAAGUAAAUAUGGAUAUUGAGUUAUUGAGUUAAAUAGCAUUGAAUUGUCUUGUACAUUAUUAUCAUCAUCCACAAUAUAGGCAGUAAUAAAUGGGGACAAAAUUAGCCAAACUGA